AUGAUGUCAGGUACGAGAAGCGUUUUGGGCCCUGGUUCACCGAGCCAGUGGUUGCAGGGCUUGACAAGGACCACAAUCCGUUCAUUUGUGGUUUCGACUUCAUCGGCUGCCUGUCAACUGCAGAGGACUUCGUGGUGUCCGGCACAACCUCGGAUCAGCUCUUCGGCGUCUGCGAGUCCUUCUGGCGUCCGGGCAUGA